GCCCGCAUGGGGCUGGAGGCGGCGCGAGGAGGGCGGCGGCGACAGCCAGGGCAGCAGCGACCUGGUCCCGGCGCUGGAGGCCCGGCGGGGCGGCCGGAGGGAGACGGAUCUCUGGCCCAGACCGAGGGGUCCAGGCUCCACACUGAGCCCGAGAGGGGCGGCCUCUGGCCUGAGCCAGGGACAGAGACUCUCCAGACAGAAUCCUGGCCAGAAGGACAGGCUGGGCCUGAAGCAGCUGGCCUCGGAGCAGAUUUGGCGUCGCCCGCCCAAAAGACUGAGCCGGACGGGUCCAACCUCCGGACACAUCAGGAAAGGAGCAGCCGCCGGACGGAGCUGGAGACAACCGGUCCCUGGACAGAGACUAGGACAGAUGGCAUUUUGACUGAUCCAUACAGGUUCGACCUCCCGUCCCAGCCACAGGGGGCCAGCCUCUGGACACAGCCAGGGGAUGAUGGGCUCUGGACAAAGCUAGAAACACACGGGUUGCAGACUCAGCCAGAGAGGGCCAAGCUCUGCACUGAUAACCAGAGGAAGUCUAACCUCUGGACUCACCCAGGGGGAGCCCGUCUUUCAAUAGAGUCAAGUGCUGAUGGCUCUCUGAAAGAAUUCACUGAUGGCUUCAGGACACAAGAUACCGAAAGUCCUUGGAUAGAGCCACACCCGGAUGGCUCCCAGAUACCACAGAAUACUGAAACAGCGCGGCGACAGCCAGGUGCUGCUGGCUUCCCCACACGAGAGGCCCAUGGUUCCUGGGCACAGCCUGGGACUGGUGGUCCCCAGACAGCACCUGGGACAGACUGCCUUUUGGGGGAGCCCAACCAAGAUGGCCCAUUAGAAGAACCAGAACCUGGGGAGUUGACGACUCAUCUGUAUUCUCACCUGGAGGGUAGUCCCCUGUGUUCUGUGCCCCGCCUCAUCAUCACCCCUGAGACCCCUGAGCCUGAGGCCCAGCCACUGGGACCCUCUUCCCUUGUUGAGGCUGGCAGUGGCGGCUUCUCCUCUGCCUCCUCUUUCGACGAGUCUGAGGACGAUGUGGUGGCUGGGGGCGGAGGCGCCAGCGAUCCCGAGGACAGGUCUGGGAGCAAACCGUGGAAGAAGCUGAAGACGGUGCUGAAGUAUUCACCCUUUGUCGUCUCCUUCCGUAAACACUACCCUUGGGUCCAGCUUUCCGGACAUGCGGGGAACUUCCAGGCAGGAGAGGAUGGUCGGAUUCUGAAACGUUUCUGUCAGUGUGAGCAGCGCAGCCUGGAGGAGCUGAUGAGAGACCCCCUACGGCCUUUCGUGCCAGCCUACUAUGGCAUGGUGCAGCAGGAUGGCCAGGCCUUCAACCAGAUGGAAGAUCUCCUGGCAGACUUCGAGGGCCCCUCCAUCAUGGACUGCAAGAUGGGCAGCAGGACGUACCUAGAAGAGGAACUGGUGAAGGCACGAGAACGGCCCCGGCCCCGGAAGGACAUGUAUGAAAAGAUGGUGGCUGUGGAUCCUGGGGCCCCCACCCCUGAGGAGCAUGCUCAGGGUGCAGUCACCAAGCCCCGCUACAUGCAGUGGAGGGAGACUGUGACCUCAACCUCCACCCUGGGCUUCCGGAUUGAAGGUGUGAAGAAAGCUGAUGGGACCUGCAACACCAACUUCAAGAAGACACAGGCAAUGGAGCAGGUGACAAAGGUGUUAGAGGACUUUGUGGACAAGGACCGUGGAAUCUUAGGCAAGUACGUGGCACGCCUAGAAGAACUUCGUGAGGCCCUGGAGAGCUCCCCCUUCUUCAAGACCCAUGAGGUGGUGGGCAGCUCCCUCCUCUUUGUGCAUGACCACACUGGCCUGGCCAAGGUCUGGAUGAUCGACUUCGGCAAGACAGUGGCCCUGCCUGACCACCAAACACUCAGCCAUAGGCUGCCCUGGGCAGAGGGCAACCGUGAGGAUGGCUACCUUUGGGGCCUGGACAACAUGAUCUGCCUCCUUCAGGGACUGGCCCGGAGCUGACCCCCUGCCGGGUUACAUGUGGGAUAGUGCCAGUCUGGCUGGAGGGGCCCCAAGGUGCUCUGUGGGCCUAAGGUUGGCUAUGGGGGAGCUGCUUGUGAUGUACACCACCAGAGACCAGUGUGGGAGGUCUGAAGGGCCUGGAGAGCAGGUGGCACCUUGCCUCCUGGUAUGGUGGCUGGAAGGACCAGAGGGAGCAGGAAAAGGCAGUCAUAUGGUACGUCAGUGGAACCAGAACUGGGUGUCCUGAUCAGCCAGGAACGUUUCCGAGGGGCUUCUGGAGGCCACAACUGAACUAUGCUACCAUGAGAAUUCAACUUGGAUGUCACAUGGUAUAGUCAUGACACAGCACCAUGGCUGUAUGAGUGCCUUGGACUUUGGCACCUGGUCAGUCCCCUCCUGCUCUGUGCCAGUUCCGAGACCAGAGACUGGGCCAAGUCCACGUUCAGUGUCCUGGAAGGCCAGGUUAUCAUUUAUGAGCAAAUGCUGGAGCUGCUCAUCCCCGAGAGCAACCUCUCAACUUCCUCUGGAGGCUGUUCAGGUGCUAAGUGGCAGAGGCCCUGAGGAGGGUGUGACACCAAGACCAGCUUGCUGCACCACCCAAGGGCUGGUGGCACUGUGUGUCCUGGCCCAGUGGGAUCCUCCCUGUUUCUCAGAGGAUUAUGCCAACCUGAACCACAGCCCAGCCAGUAUCGCUGUUACCCUAUCCCUGUGGCCAGUACCACAUCUUUUCUUGGUGUACCAGACCCAGCAUCAGGAAAUGCUCCUCCUGCCCUGGGCCCUCUUGUCUCCUUCUUAGCAAACUGCAGCAGCAGGAAAGAGUUUAAGAGGCAGGGCAAUCAGAGCUUCCUUCCUCAGGAGGAGAUGGAGAACCCAUCCAUCCAAUCGAUCCUGGGGCCCUGGAGUGAAAAAUGCCAAGCCUGAGCCACAGGGAUGGGAGAGGGGAGGUUGCUGCCGGCUGUGAUGCCAGGCUUGCAACCUGUUUGAAACCAAAGACUAGACCCACGAAGUGGGGUUAUUGCUCCCCACUCCCACUGUCUACUCCUUCAGCACCGGUAGCUUUGGCUUCCUGGCCCAGGAGCAUGGGCCUGGGGAGGGCAGCAUCUGCCUCUCCCUAAGCUGAAAUUUUAACAGUCUUCUAGGGCUGAGCUGUGCUCCUUUCUACUGACCAUCUUUGUAUUAUUUAUACAGACAGGUAGUUAGAUAGGGCAGUGCUGGGAAGGAGGCAAAAUGGCUUUGCUGUGUCUCCCACCCACAGUGACAUCCCAAUAAACAGGACGGUCAACAUU